AUUGCCUUUUUCUUCAAUUCCAUUUCCCUUCAGAAUCAUUGAUGCUUCACACACUGAGCAGCAUAAACGAUUAUUGCGUUUUAGUGUUGUUUUAAUAAUGGCCGCACGAUUUGACUGCUUUAGUCACAUUUAUUUUAAUUUUCGGUCGCACCCGUCUGAAGACAAUUCAGUCUCGAAGCUUUGUUUUCUUUCACCUUGGGACUGUGCAUAUUACGUAACAAUUCUCACUUGAAUAACCUCAUGCAAGGUUUCUAAUUGCACAGAUCGCGAAUUCCGGAACAUAUAUGCAGGUGUGCAGGUAUAAUACACAACCACCUCAAGAGAUACGAACAAAAAAACUGCAUGUGGUCAUGGAUCGUACUGGCGAAACGCAGUUGAGGGGCAAGACCGAUGAGGAGGAUGAAUUAUUCACCAUCGAAGACUACGAAAAACGGGCAAGUGAACUAUUGCCUCCCGCGUUCUUGCUAUACUAUAGCUACGGACGAGAGAGGGCGUGGUGUCUCAAACGCAGCACAGAAGCAUUUUCAAGGUAUAUAAUCAGAAACCGUGUCCUCCAAGACGUAUCCCAUCGGAACCUCUCAACGACCGUCCUAGGAGAACCGAUCCCGUAUCCUAUCUGCAUUGCACCUACAGCUGUUCAUGCCUUAGCCCAUCCUGAUGCGGAGGCCGAAACCGCAAGAGGUGCUGUUGCGGCAGGUGCCCUCAUGGUGUUGUCUGUCAACGCUACUACAGCCAUUGCUGAUGUUAAGGUAGCAGCCCCAGGCGGCCUACGGUGGAUGCAGACAUACCUCUUCAAAGACCGUUUACUGACGCAGCAUGUCGUGCGAGAAAGUGAGAGGGCGGGCUUCAAAGCCAUCGUAGUCACUAUUGACUCGCCAGUGGCCGGGGUUAAUUCAAAGGUUAAGUCCGGUUUGGAAAAGCAUGAUUUAUCAACUUGCUUUAAAAAUUUAGAUGCUGACAUCCCUUCUGCAAGAGAAUUCAAAGCUAAUGGGGACACGAGACUUAUAGCCUACUUACAUAGCCAACAAUUUAAUGACUCUGCCACGUGGGAUGACGUCAGGUGGAUAAAAUCAAUAACCAAACUUCCUAUCGUCUGCAAAGGGGUUCUGUCAGCUGAAAGUGCCAGAGAAGCAGCCGACGCAGGGGCUGAUGGGAUACUGGUAUCAGCUCACGGUGGAAGGCAAUCAGAUGGCGCCCCCGCUCCGAUCGAUGCCCUCAGCGAGGUGGUAGAGGCAGUCCAUGGUCGAGGUAUAGAGGUGUACAUGGACGGAGGGGUGAGGACAGGGUCGGAUGUCUUAAAAGCUCUUGGAAGAGGCGCACGGGCUGUUUUUAUAGGGAGGCCUAUUCUUUGGGGACUAACUUGUCAGGGAUCAAAAGGUGUGUCGCAUGUCUUGGAAAUUCUCAGAAGCGAAUUUGACCACGCCUUAGCACUUAGCGGUUGUACGAGUCCGGAGAACAUUCCAUCUGAUAUAGUUGUUCAUGAAUCGUAUUAUCGUCAUCGAAACACGCCUAUACCGAAGAGCAAAAUGUAGUUAUACAGGAGGCAUUCUACCGUUUUCUUUCUUAAUAGAUAUUCCAUCGUGAUAUCCGAUUUUUUUAAUGAAAGGACUAAAUGAAACAGAUAUCACAGCAAAAAAUGCACAAUAUUGCAUUUUAUACAAACAUUUCACUAAUAGUGCCAAGUGUGUUGGGAAAUCUCUGGUGCUCUGUGUACCCGAUGAAUGGAUAGAUCUAUGGUGCGGUUGGGACACUACUUAGACAAUUCUACACACACGCAAUAUUUCUUUUAAAACAUUCCAUUUAGGACCUUAAAGCGAUGCUCCAGGCUGAAGAUAUUUAUACCUAAAUAAAUAGAGUAAAAUUCAUAGAGCAAAAUGCUGAAAAUUUGAUCA